GUCCUUUCUCUCUUCCUCGCUCCCUUUCCCCCCUCCCUUCCAUCUCAAGACCUGGCCCCGCGCCGCCCCCUCCCCGGGAGCCACUCACUCCGCCUGGGCCUCUUCCCCAGGCCCCGUGGCGUCUCCUCCUUGUUUCCUGGGCUUCUUGCCCGCCUUCCACACACGUACUCCCUUACCCACCUUCUCUUCCCACAGGCCCCACACAUCUCGGUCCCCACAACCCCCCGCACCCUCUGCCAAGCGCCUUCUCUUCCCCUUUCUUCUUGGCCACCUUGGCCAUCUGUCGGUGGUCUUACCCCUCUGCACCCGGAGGGGAGGGGAGCCGCCCUCCCCGGGAGCCUGGCUCUGCAUACUCCACUUCACUCCUCUGCCAAAUCGCCCUUCUCUGCGGGACACCCAGCCCUUGCCUGGGCACCAUGGCAACAAGUAUAAAAUCUGGCCUAACUUCCUGCAAAAUUCCAGAGACAUGAGAGCAGAAACAGAGCUAGACUCCAGCAAGAGCAGGGUGCUUGGGACCAGAGGUCUGAGGGCAAAGCCCAGGUUCCAGUUGCCCACAGAACUAAGCAACCUGUUGCUAAGUAACCAGAUCUCCCAUCACCACCCCAACACAUGGUCCUGAGCUGCCCACCCUGGGCCUCUAGUUGGCUUCUGCUAAGUCUCUCAAACACCCACCCACUGUGAGACUCUGGAAGCAAAAGGAGAGGAGAGACAGAGCCCAGCCACCACCCCGAGCAUCGCCCGCCCCUGGUGGCCCUGUCACCUACUGUUUCACUGUGAAGACUUGCCGCCUGUGUGGUUAGGUCACUGCCACCAUGAGUCUGGGCAUCAUGGAAGAGAAAGACCUGGCUGAGUACUUCCGGCUGCAGUAUGAGGAGCGGCUGCUACACCUGCUACAGAAGUUCCCCACUGUUGAUAAGCAGUCAGAAUCGCCAUCCAUCCAGCUCCUGGAAAAGAAGAAGGAGGCUGUAGCCAUGCAUCAGGCUAUGGAACAAAAGAAGGAGGAGAAUGACCAGAAGCGAAUCCGUGCCCUAAAGAAAGCCAAUAAGGAGCGGGAACUCAAGAGGCAUCACCUGCGGGAGCUGACCAAGGCCAAGCAGGAUAUGGCGGCCCUGCAGCUAGAGCAUCAGCAGCUGAGCAACAAGCUGCAGGACUACUCCAUCUUCAACCAGUACCUGGAGAAGGUGGUGGAGAACUCUGAGUUUGAAGAGAUCCAUGAGGUGAUCGGGCGCUACAAGACGCUGGUGAGCAUGCACCACGACCUCAUGCAGUCAACACGGGAGGGCCAGGAGAAGAUUGAGCGUGCCAAGACACGGCUGGCACGCUACAUGGAGGAGAAGGACAAUGAGAUCCUCCAGCACAACAAUGAGCUGGCGAGGCUGCAGAUGCGCUUUGACCGCGCCCGCAGUGACGUCAUUGUCUGGGAGUCCCGCUGGGCACACAUCCAGAACACUGCCGCUAAGAAGACCCUCCUGCUGGGCACCAUUAAGAUGGCAACCCUGAACCUCUUCCAGGUCGUGAGCAAGCAGCUGAAGGAGGCCACCCAGGUGUCCCUGGAGGACACUCACAAACAGUUGGACAUGAUUCAGCAGUUUAUCCAAAACCUAUCGGACAUCUGGGCAGAAGUAAAAAAGAAGAACCAACCACCACAAGUCAGGGUGUAAGAAGGCAGCAUGGUUCAAGAAUGUUCUGAGAAAGUCACUGUGAGAGAGAAAGUUCCUGGUGAGCUCGCAGUCCAGCCAGUUCAAGCCAGUGGAUGAGGACCUUGUUUGGCUUUCUACUGGCAAACACCUUGUCAUUUUCCCUCAGGCCUCAGUCCAUCCCAGUCCCAAGGAUAUUAAAUAGUAUAAGAAGU